AUGACCAACCCAAAGGGAGAAGCGUUCACGAUAAGCAACGUGUAUCUGCACCGAGAUGGCCAACUGGAACUCAUAAAGGAGCUGGAGAAUGUCAUCAUCAGGGGGGUAUUCACAUGUGGCCACAGCAUAAACAUUUUCUUAAAGGGGAAAGAAGGGAGCACAAGCAAUGCGAUUAUUCAGUUGGACAGCUCACCACUUUCGAGAGCAUCUUCCAGUGGAAAGAGCUUCUUAAACAUAUCCUACAGUGACAUAAACGAUUGUGAAUUUUUAACUAGCGAUUUUGUUUUGUAUGCCCUGAGGAAGGGGGGGACUCCCCCUGAAGGACCCCCGCAACAUGGCGACCACUUCUGUCACAACAACAGGCGGGGGAGUGUCCUCCAGAGGAGGGAGAUAAAAUCCACGAUGGUGCAUCGUGGGAGGGUGGCUACAUGGUACUGCCCCCUACAGGGUGAGCGUUCCCCGGCAGGGGGGCAGACCGCCAUGGCCCCCCUCAAGGGGAAGGCGCAAAAUGGGCAAAACGCGCAGACUUUGCAGACUUCACAAAACUACGCAAAGUGGCUGCCGGCCAACACGAAGGCAAUCUUCCUGGGGGAACUUCAAUUCUACGGAGUGGACGAGGAAAAUAAACUUUUCACAUGGCACACCGAUCUGCACUCGAAAGACAAAAUGAUUUACAACUACCAAACGAAAUUUGUUAAAUAUGUAGCUCCUUUGGAUAAAAUAAAAAUUGCUAGUGUAUCAUGCGGACAGAGUCACGCGCUCUUUUUGGCCCAAAAUAAAAACUGCUAUGCGAUGGGCAGCAAUGACUGUUACCAAGUAGGUGCAAAAAAGGAAGAAAAAAAAAAAAAAAUUGUUUUUUAUUCCUCCCCGCAAUUGAUCACACUGGAUGAAGAUGCAAACAAAAAGGUGAAAUUCAUUGCCGCUGGAUAUUCACACAACUUAAUUUGCACUUACCAGAAUGAGGUGUAUGGCUGGGGGAAUAACCUGCACGGCCAGCUAUUUCUGGAGGACCCCUUCGUAAAAGGGCCCACACUUAUAUUCAACCCGAAAAAGUGGCACAAUUUUAUGGUAAAAAAGAAGAAGCUUAAAAGGGUUAACAAAACGGUCACCAAUGGUUACAAGAGGGAAAUCCCAUUUGCUCACCACCUCUCUAACCAAAGUGGAAGUAGUAACCCCGUGUGGAGCUCCAAGGGUGAUGAACCCUCUCAGACAGGCCCCAAAAAACAUCCCCCACAGGAGUACCCCCAAACGGACAAAUUUACAAAAUGUAUAGAACUUAUCAAUAGGGACAACCAAGGGUAUAAGAAAGCGACCAAAUGGAGAGACAAAAACAAAUUUAAAGUCGCAAAAUUAUGUUGCGGAUUUUCCUUCUCCUGCCUCCUUUUGAAGAACCAAAACUGCUACGUCGUGGGGAAGACCAACCCCUCACUUGCUAGCCAAACGGAAAAGAUACACACCCUUCUCAGGAUAAAUAAAAAAAAAAAAAUCGAUGACAUUUUUUGUAAUUUUUUUAACAUCAUCCUUGUGGAAAAUUUAAAAAUAGAGAAGAUUUCUCCCCAAAUUAUUCACCCCUCUUCCGACAGGGCCAUUUUUCUCCACCUGAACUUCCCCCUUAAGGAUUCCCUCAACUGCAGGGUUGGGCUUGUCCACACGGAUGGGCUUAACCAUACAGAUGAGAAUAACCAUACAGAUGAGCAUAACCAUACAGAUGAGAAUAACCAUACAGAUGAGCAUAACCAUACAGAUGGGCUUAACCAUGGGGAUAAGGCCAAUCCGCUUAGUCGCUCCCCACUGGGUGGCGACUCCCCGGAUUGCCAACAUAAGGAAGACCCCGCGAGGCUGCAUCUCUACCUGAGCUACGACAAUGGAAGCGACGAGGAGGGGGUAGGCGGCCAGGACCGAAGUGAAGAUAAGGAUGGCAUGACCCUUUCUGAAAGAACCCCAUCUGGAAGUACCCACCCGUUUGCCAUACCUGCACACACACUAUGGGGGAAAAGAAAAAAAAAAAAAUAUUGGACAUCCUGCCAAUUUUACAAAAGCCAGAUGGAAAGAAAACUAUUCCUCAGCUUACACAACGAGCAUUUCUACCUUCAGCACAAUCAAUGCAGCGUCGUGCUGAGCACUUACAGCGGACAGGUGCUGCGCCUCUCCCCGGACAACUGCUCUCUCAUGAGGAAUAUAAAAUUAAAAAUUAAAAUUGAAAAGGCACCCAUCCAAGUCGAGUCCGACAACGUCUACGUUCUUUUCCACUUCACCGAUGAGCACAAAAAUGAGGUUUUUAAAUUUAGCAAAGGGAGGCUCAGGCGAGGUGGCAAUUACAUUUACACAAAGGUGCCCUCCAUCCUCGAGGGGGACAUUCCAGACGGUGGGGGAGGCGCAGCAACCGGGAAACACGACGGAGCGGAAGUCAAUAGUGCCACCUCCGAUGGGGGGAAUUCCAACACACGUGGAGAGAGCGCCAUCCUCAACAGCUGUAUGGACGCCCCCCCCGGCGAAGACGCGAUUAUCACUCACCGCUUCACCAAAUGUAAUGUGCACUACUCACUGGGCCACAGCUUCUACGCCAGCUCCCUUCCCCUCACAAUUAUAAAACCGGACAUCCUCAAUAUCACCCCCAAUUUUGUUCACAUACACGAUAAUAGGCCUAUUCGCAUGAACAUGCUCCACCUCUCCAGCAGCUUCGAACACAUUUUUGUCACUCUGAGUAACCCCCGUCUGCCCAUCAUACGCACGAAGGCUUACUACGACUGCGAAGAGGGCAACUUCUUUUUCGCCGUCCCUCCAAUCCCUACCGGGGUCUUCCAAAGGGCUCAGCUAGGCUUCUUAACCCUCCACGUGUUCGUUUCGUACAACAACGUAGAGUACAGCCAGAACGAAGUCAUCCUCACCAUCUCAAAUGUCAACCAGGAGGGAAGAGGGGAGGACACUAAUGGGGGCAAUGGCGAGGGGAAAGCAUAA